AUCCAGUUUUGCAGUACGCACACAUGCAGGCUCAUUGGCUGCAGGCAGGUUGACACAGUUUCCCUGCUUCACUGCCUCAUGCAGCUGUAGCGGCUGCUCGGAGCCUUCAGAGCCAGCAGGUGGUACUCUACUGUCCACUGUGUAACCACUGUUGAAUGUGAGCCGCCGGCUCGAUAAAGAGCUGAGAACCGGGAGACGGGAGAAGCAGAGAGAGCUGCGACUACCGGGACGAGCUCCUAGAGAAAGCGAGAAGAAAGAGCAAAGAGCAGCCGCUGCUUCUCUCUGCUGUAAGAUGGACACGGACGGGACCGCGGUCACUUCAGUCAUCGAGGUCAGCCGCUCCGCCUCCUCCGGGCUGUGACUCUCCGCGCUCCGCAGAGGUGGUCGGCGGACCCCGGCGGUGACCAGGACAGGACGCUGCCGCUGACACUUCGCAGGUUGCAGCAAGCUGUGUGUGGCGCCUUGCAGAGAAACCUCCAUCUCCCUGGAGAAUAAAGCAGGAAUAAAGCAUCUGGCACCUCAGAGGGAAAUAAAGAGGAAACUGACUGGGACAGCAACAGCAGUUUCAGUGCGGAAUUACUGUUAGAUAACAGACUCAACGAGGGUUUACACCGAAAUGGGAAAAGAAGUCUCACUCACCUUGUAAGAUGUUUCCUCACCACAGAGAAAGGGAGCAGCCGAUCUUUAGCGCCCGGGCCCAUGUUUUCCAGAUCGACCCCACCACCAAGAGGAACUGGAUCCCUGCCAGCAAACAUGCCGUCACCGUGUCCUUCUUCUAUGAUGCCAAUCGUAAUGUCUACCGCAUCAUCAGCGUGGGCGGGACCAAGGCAAUCAUCAACUGCACUGUUACACCAAGCAUGACGUUCACCAAGACGUCCCAGAAGUUUGGUCAAUGGGCUGACAGCAGGGCCAACACUGUGUAUGGUUUGGGUUUUGCUACAGAGCAACAGCUGCACCAGUUCUCAGAUAAGUUUAAGGAGGUGAAAGAUGCAGCUCGCCUGGCACGAGAAAAGUCGCAGGAUAAAGAACUGGCCAACACGGCGCUCACCAUCGCUGCUCCUCAGGACCUCUCUGAUGAACUCCAGUCUCCACCUGUGAUGUGCGUGAACGGACCUGAGGACAAGCUGUUCCGCAGCCAGAGCGCAGACAUCACCCUGUCUUCUGAGAAGGAGCGCAUUAAAAAGAUGCUCUCUGAAGGGUCUAUUUGUGAGAUGAACCUGGAAGCUGAGCUCUUCACUCUGCAGGACAGCAACUCCAAGCUGGUGGCAGCUUUGCAUGAGGCUAACGCUAAUGUGGAGCAGUGGAAAAAACAGCUGGCAGCCUAUCAGGAGGAGACUGAGAGGCUGCGAGAACAGGUGGCUGAACUGGAGGCCCAUGGAGGCCAAGGUCCCAGCGACCUGCUGAAGGAUGAGUUGACCCAGUCACUGGAGGAGCUGGAGGCCCUGCUCAAGGCCAAAGAUGAGGAAAUCCACAUUUUGCAAAGCAAGAAAGCAGAGUACCAUGAAAUGGAGCACGACAGAGAUGAGGCCAUACACAGAUUACGGGAGAUGGAGAUGCGUAAUUCAGAUUUGGAGCGGCGCAUCCAGAACACAGAGCAGAACCUGAGUAACUCUCUGGAGGAACGGGAUCGCAUGGACACUGAGAUCCAGAGGGCCAUCGAAAUUCUGGACAUCAAGAUCUUUGACCUUAAUGACCUCCGUCAGAGCCUGGUUAAACUCAUCGACAAGUAAGAAGGGAAAAACACAGUCUGCGAGAGAGCUGGAACAGAAAGACGGGGUUCGAUUUUGGCAGCAGGGAGUGAAGCAGAACGAGAUGGAGCUGGUCCUCUUCAAGCACAAGAACCACCUCGGCUGCAGGAGGGUUGCUCCAUGUCUGUGUUGCAGCAGUGGCUGUGCUGUGCUCAACUACAUACUGCAAGUGUUGGCCUAUGCAGCAGCAUAUACAUGGUAUUGCUUGUCCAAUCUAAUGUAACGCUUCAUGUUGCUUUCAAGGGUAACAUUCAAUGCAAUAAACCAACUUUAAGGUAAGUGCUUAACAGUGUUAGACAUUUAAUAUUGAGAACUGGUGCUUGUAGUUUUUCAUAAGUAUGACUUUUGUAUAAAAAAAUACGGCAAUGCAGUGUCAAUAUGAACGAUGAGAGGCCUUGUUUUUUUUUGCAUCUGACAGGUAAUAUUUAAACACCUUUACAACAAAAUGAGUCCAUGCGUAUAGAGACAGGAACAUUACACUCAGUGAAAAGUGAGUGCAAAUAAAAGAGCGCACAAUUACUUUAAAGAGAUUUGCCUAUUUAAGAACUUGCAUACAACAUAAUUAUUACAGAAUUAACGGUCAACAAAGUUUGAUUUGUGCGGAGAUAACCUUGUGCACGGUCCUGUAGUCACGCAUGCAUAAUGUAGCAGCUGUAAUGUGGAGGAGAAGGUGGUUGCAGGUGGUGCUUUUCCACAGGAACAAGCAAUGAUUAAUGUUCAGGGUCAGUGAAAUAGUUAGAAUAGUUGCUAAUAGUGUUUUCAUAUUGGGGGGAGGCAUGGACACGCAACUUGAACUUAAACAGUAGAUCUGAAUAUUGACACCAAAGAUCAAAUGUUAAGAGCAGAGUCACUGAUAAGGUCUCAGCAGCUCGUCUAUUAUCACACCUUCAUUUAAGCUUGUUAGGAUCCUUUAAAUCUAAAGUAAGUUACUCUAACUCUUAAGUACAUGUUAGUAGAUAGGAUGUGUUAUGCAAUUAAAAUUAGGAUAAAUAAGUCUUUUCAAAAUGAUAUAAAUCAACAAUGCUACAGUAAUUAAUGAGUAUCCAUAAGAAAUAAAAGUCAUCACUUAGUCUUACAGAUAGGUUUAACUCACAUUUGGACUGGCCCAGAGUACAUAAUGCUCCUGUGCAUCAUCUCUAAACAUACAACUGACUUAACAACUUAUUUACGAUAGCUGCUUAUCUUAGUGAACAUGUCGCUCUGAUUGGUGUGAACGCAUCCAAGGAAAUUUAAGAGACAUUUUUUGCCUUCUGUCGUUUUUCAGCACGUUACCUUUAGCUGUGGACAGUACUGUAUGCCCUAGGCCUUGAGAGUGUGGCUGUACUGUAUGAAAAAAAGAAAAACAGAACGUCUAGUUCAGAGUCUUUUUAUUACACAGACUGUAUUGUUUAACAUGGUCUAUCAUGCAGUGUUUGUAUUCAUUUUUUCAAGCCUUACUGCUCUGUUUUAAGGAUGAGUGUGGACAGUCAUGCCAGCUCUGUGUCUGAAACUUGGAGCUGUUGUGAUGACAGUUUGGAAAUAAAAGCAAAGAAUACAGUCA